UUCUAGCCCAGAGCUCGAAGCAGCAGUACUGUUCAAAGGAUCCGGUGCUGCUUAGCCGUCUGGUUCCCUUGCUGUGUUCUCUCAUGUUGAUGAGGAAGCAGUCCCCAAGAUACAGCUAGCCCAAUAUUACACUUGGCGCCUCUAGCCGACUCCGGUUAGCAUCCUCUGACUUUUUACCCAUCUUCGUCUCGCAACAUCCAUCCAUCUUCAAUUUUUUUUCCCUUUCUCCCAACCUACCAUCACUACUCCCCUCGCACUUUUCGCAUCAGCGCUCAUUUCUUUGGACUUUGCGCAGUACUGCGUGCCGUCGCCGUCGCUUUACGGCAACCAGCAUGAGUUUGCGCCUUUGAUUUGCCGCGAGGUGACGUUGCCCACGUCUGCUGAUGUGAUGAACCUGCUUUGAUAGAAUCCCACGUAGUCGCCCCACCCGCUUCAUUUUGCCUUGUCCUCGCUUGCUUCCUACGAGCCCAACUUCAGGCUGUGGACCCUCACGCUUGUUCCUUUGCUUGCGCGAUGCAAUGUUUCGUGUUAUUAUAACAUGCUCGCCAAUCAACAUAAUCAUGUAAAGUUUUACUGACCCCAGGACUGUUCGUCUUUGUAGUCAUGGUCGCAAGAUCUGAACCAGUCGACAUGCUUCUCCUGGGCAACAUGAGUUGUUGGUGUCAACUGUGAUUUGAGAUAGUUGCAAUGUAGCAGAUGUUAGAUAAUUAAUGACAGCUUUGAACCAACCUAUUGUUGAGGGUCUCUGAUAUGAUUUGCUUGGCGUGACUGUCUAACUGUCUGAUCGUGCUAUCGGCCUCGUCCCAGUAUCAAGUAAUCUCCAGAGACCAGUUGCUACUUAUGUAUUAAUCCAGAGUUGUAGUUUGGGUGAAUGGCAUGCCAAGUGAUGUUGUCGAUCUGGCAAAGCUGUCGCGGUCGAGCACAUCUCCCAGAAGAGCUUUCGUCUCUAAGCGCACCUAAAGACUGUAGCGAAUAUUUGUAUGAGUUGAGACGGUACUCAAUAUUGCGCUGCCCAAUACCUGAUGGGAGGUAUUGCUUUCCAAUGACUUUGAUUGAUGGCCGAGACACUCAAGCCUCAGCCUCGUGAUUAGGUCAUCCACUGACGUUUCGCGUGCAGCUAGCGACUGCCAAUCCUGGUUGGAGCUUCGUCCCACCUUGACCGCAUAGCUUCUCCAGUCCGCAAGCACACUGCGGUCCACCACCGAACCAACAAUACCUCCCUCUUCCACCCGCAAAUACCUAUCAAUACCGCCGCCAUGCCUGACAUCGUUGACCCCCGUAUGAUGUCGGUUCAACCCCGCAUACGCUACAACACCAUCGGCGGCGUCAACGGACCACUGGUCAUCCUCGAGAGUGUCAAAUUCCCCAAAUACAACGAAAUCGUCUCUUUGACGCUACCCGAUGGUACUGAGCGCUCUGGACAAGUACUUGAGGCCAGAGGAAAUCGGGCCGUCGUUCAGGUAUUCGAAGGCACAUCAGGCAUCGAUGUCAAGAAGACCAAAGUCGAGUUCACCGGCCACAGCUUGAAGCUGGGCGUCUCUGAGGACAUGCUGGGCCGUAUCUUUGACGGCUCCGGUAGGGCCAUUGACAAGGGCCCAAAGGUGUUGGCGGAAGACUACCUUGAUAUCAACGGAAGUCCUAUCAACCCAUACUCGCGAGUGUAUCCCGAGGAGAUGAUCUCCACUGGUAUUUCCGCCAUCGAUACCAUGAACUCCAUUGCUCGUGGCCAGAAAAUCCCCAUCUUCUCCGCGUCCGGUCUGCCACACAACGAAAUCGCCGCGCAAAUUUGCCGACAAGCGUCUCUCGUCGGUCAACCUACAAAGGGUGUUCAUGAUGGACACGAGGAGAAUUUCUCGAUUGUUUUUGGUGCCAUGGGUGUGAACUUGGAAACGAGUCGCUUCUUCACCAGGGACUUCGAAGAGAACGGCAGUAUGGAGCGUGUCACUCUCUUCUUGAACUUGGCAAAUGACCCAACCAUCGAACGUAUCAUCACCCCUCGUCUCGCUCUCACUACCGCCGAAUACUACGCCUACCAGCUUGAGAAGCACGUAUUGGUUAUUCUGACCGAUCUGUCCUCCUACUGCGAUGCCCUUCGUGAGGUGUCUGCGGCUCGUGAGGAGGUCCCAGGUCGCCGUGGCUACCCCGGUUACAUGUACACGGAUUUGUCAACGAUUUACGAGCGCGCCGGUCGUGUUGAAGGACGCAAUGGAUCUAUUACUCAAAUCCCCAUUCUGACUAUGCCCAACGAUGAUAUUACUCACCCGAUUCCUGAUCUAACGGGCUAUAUUACCGAAGGCCAGAUCUUCAUUGAUCGUCAACUCGACAACAAGGGCAUUUAUCCACCCAUCAACGUUCUUCCGUCUCUAUCUCGUCUGAUGAAAUCUGCCAUUGGUGAAAAACGCACACGAAAGGAUCACGGUGAUGUGUCCAAUCAGCUCUACGCCAAAUAUGCUAUCGGUCGUGACGCCGCGGCCAUGAAAGCUGUCGUGGGUGAGGAGGCUUUAUCAUCGGAAGACAAGCUUUCGCUUGAGUUCUUGGAGAAGUUUGAGCGCACCUUCAUCGCACAGUCAGCCUACGAAUCGCGGACUAUCCACGAAUCUUUGGACCUCGCUUGGUCCCUACUCAGAAUCUACCCCAAGGAGUUGCUUAACCGUAUCCCCGCCAAGGUCUUGAACGAGUACUAUGCCAGGAGUGGUGGACGGGAGAACAAGAAGGAGAAGAAGGGCAGCAAGGAUACCAGAGAUAACUCGGGUGAAGGUGCAGAGCAGGGUGAGAACUUGAUCGAUGUAUAA